AUCAGUAGAGCAGCAGUAGCGGCGGCACCAGCGGCACAAUCACCAUCCUCAUCGUUAUUGGCAGUCGUUAGUACGUUAUACCGUCAAGAUGUAAGCUCACCGGCUUUCGAAGAAGAGAGAAAGUCUCGAGUUUGCCGCUAUUGGCCUUCUUCGUUGAAGAAUUAAAAGGGUUGCGAGUAAGAAAGAAAGAGAGAGAGAGAGAGGGAGAGAGAGAGAAAGCGAGAGAGAGAGAGAGAGUGUGUGGGAGUGGGAGAGAACGAAAGAGAGAGAGAGAGAGAGAGAGAGAGUGUGUGUGAGGGUGAAAGGGGAGAGGAAAGGCGUUGGACUACCGGGGGAGAAAGAAAGGAGGACGCGAGAAUGGAGGUACCGAGAAAGGGAUCGAUCGCUUCCCGAUAGCUGGCAUGGAGGACACGGCAUUAGGUAUCUCCGAGGUCCGAGCUAUCGAAUAUGGCAUCAGGAUUGCCGAGCGCUCGUCAGAGGAAGCUUGGACCAGCACCAAUAGCGUCCUUCGAAGACCUAUCGGACGAGGUGGAAAACGGGGAACCAACGACACGAAUGCCAGGCAUCAUCGAGGUCGCCACCCCGGCAACGCCUGGUAGUUCGCUAAAGACACCCAGCACACCAAGAAUUGAUAUCAGCCGGGCGAGCAGUUCCUCUCACCAUGAGGAUAGUAACUCCAGGGAAUCAUCACCCGAAAGAGAGCUUCUCGCAGGUGGAGAUCCUCCUCCAGGGAGUAAGCUGACCUUAGGUUAUAAGGAAGAUGCUCAGGAUUUAAGAUCGUCAACGGAGGAAUUGGACUUACAGGAUCCCAUACACGAGCAAGAUCUCAGGAGGGAAUCGAAGAAAGCGAGAAAACGAAGAGAAGAUGGAUCGCAAUCGGAUUAUAGUGGUGGAACAAGGCAAACACAAGACAGAGAACGAAAGGAUAGUAAUUGCUCUGAAAUCAUCCUCCUUAACAUCAGUGGUAGAACCUCGAGGUUGUCUUCCGUGGGAAGUCAGGGUUCUGGUGUUUCUGGAAAGCUCUCAGUGGUGUCGGGUACUUCCUCGAGGUCACCGAGUCCGCACAAAUGUCUAUUAGAAACGUCCUUUUGUGGCAGCAAGCCGACUUUAGCUGAUAACUUGAUCGAACCAUCGAAGCCGGAAACCGAAGACUUGGAAAAGAUUCUGUUGAAACGCGAAGCCGACACCACUAAAGCGUUAAUUCCAGAAAGUAUUAAAGUUUCUAUGGUUGGUGGUAAUUUGAAACCAGAUCCUUUGGAUAAGCCAAGAAGACGUGGCCGUGAAGAAAGAAAAGAGAUUUUUAAGAGAGAAGUGGAAAUUACUAAGAGAUUCUUAGAAAAGGUUAACAUAGAGGUACCAAUUAUUCGUAAAACAUCUGAAUCAACGCAACAACAGCCAGCGAAAACCCAGUCUCAAGAAGUUCAAAAGCCCGCGACCCUCGAUUUUAACGACAAACGAAAAAAAGCUCAGAAUUUUAAAGAGAUCGUCCAAACGACACCAACGGCGAGUAGUUUAAUCAGUAGUCCUAAAUUACCGAGACAUCAAAAGGUGUUUGAUCUCGGUACCGAGGGAUCGCGGACACCUAGUCCAUCUUCCGUAUCAAGAAAAAGCAGUUUUGCCUCUUUAUUCAAGACCAGGACUGAUGGCAGCGUACUGAGCCCAGGAUCACCAUCGCCCAGUACGAAGCCACGAAGGAGUUUAACGUCGAAGAUAAAGGACACCACGGAGAGCCUGAGGAGCAGAUCAAAAUCACGCGAGAGAGUCUCCGUUGAUAAGAAUUCUAGUUUGAAGAAGGAUUCAAAGAACAAGAAUGUUUUCUCCUCGACCUUGAGUCUCUUUAAGAAACGCGAGAGGAAGAAGAGUUACGACGAGGCGAUAGCUACUUUCUGUGGAAUCGAGUGCGACAUCGAUACCGUUGAUCAACCGUCAUUGGAGAGUAUCGGCCAGGUCGAAUUUACUUUUAACACGGAAAAGGAAAGACGUAAGGAUGAUUCGAUCUUCAUCAGCCUUCACGCGGACGACAGGAAUUACGAGGAAGCUUUACCAUCUGAAAGUGUUUCGAUACCGUUAGAAACACCAACUAAAUUAUUGGACGAAUAUGAAUCCGAAUCUCAUGCUGGUGGCAUAAUGAUGACGGAAGUUUCUAUAGAAUAUCAUCAUCCUCCAGUCGCUGAGGUGAGAACAGAAGCGAGGAUAGAGAGUACACCAUCAAAGAGAUCUUCUUGGGAGAAUCAAAUGUCACUUAGCCCGUCGAAAGAUUCUCAAGUAUCGACAAGUGGUUCGAGAGAUUCUAAAAUAGGUACACAGAGUAUGAAGAGCGUAGAAAACACAGUAACAAAAUCCUCGUCACCGUCGAGCGAAGUCAGGCCGACUUCUGGAUCAUUACGAAUGUCCAGUAGCUCUUCCAGAGAUUCGAUCGCGAAGAAAAUUCCUGAUGCUCCGAAGAUCAAGAAGAAAAGUAAGGAAGAACAGCAAAUAUUACCACGCGAAAAAAAAGAGGAAAUUGUUCCACAGCAAAAAAAGAUAGCAGAAAGUGAUGUCCCUGGUACGAAGACUACCAACGAAUAUAAGAAAUCAGAUUUUCUAGAUGAUGGAUUAUCGGUUAAAGCGGCGGAAACUGAUCUAGUAAAAACAUCUAGCAUAAUAUCAGAUCUUGAUCAUAACAGUUCUGAGUCUGAGAGAGAUUCCGAGAUAGAGUUCAUUCGAAAUAAGGCUGAGAAAAUUACUGAGGAGUUACCCGAUGAACGAAAGGGUCUUUUCAACGAGGAAAGCUUCGAAGAAGAUCUUCCAUAUAUUCCGACUACUUUGCCUUUAGAAAAGAGCGUAGCUGUACCGAUUCUACCUGUGAAACAACGACUUCAAGAAGUUAGAACGAUUCCAAUCGAAAGGCCACGUUCAACGACGCCCAUAAAUCCAACUCUAUUGGAUGAAUUUGUGAUGCAGACAUCCCUAGACGAAAGACGUGUUGAAAGAAUGAAGAUAUCUUUACCACGCGAGGAUAGUUUUAAAUUGAAGAGUCCAAAGAGACACGCUGCUAAUACUUUCACCGAGUUUGCGGGUAAAGUAACGGAUGGUGGUCGUAAUAGAGGUGCUGGAAAAUCUCCCAGUCCACCACCUUUACCACCGAGAGCACCAACUAGACCCAACAAUUGGAUAAAUUUUGAGGAGAUCCCGGAGAAGAGAAAGGCACCGAAAAUAAUUCAAACGAUUCCACGUACCGAGGACGAAGUUAAGACCACCGGUUACAGCUACGUUCAACCUGAAGAAUGUAGAUGUGAGUGUCACGAGGAGUCGAGAAGAGCUUCGAUCCGAGAGGCAACGGCAACGAGGACUUCUUCAUGUAGUAGCAACGGAGAACGGGCAUGCAAUGGUGAGAAUUGCAUCCUGCCAACCACGAGCUCUGUCGAUCGUGCCAGCAUCGUCAGUGACAGCUCCUUGGAAUGUAGCUUGAGCAUCGAGGACAACCAGAUUACCGGCCAAGCUGUCAUUGGUCAGCAGAUCCUUGGCUCGGGGAAACCUUUCGGCAUGGAUCUCGACGUGAGAUCGAAUCGAUCGAGUAUCGUUUCUCAGGAAGAGACUGAUGAGAAUUCGCAUCAAUAAUAGUACGGAAGCGACAAAGAAACGUAUCUAAUCUUAUUAGAAUCUUUCGGAAUUCGUUCGAUCGUUGAUCGCUGCAGAGAUCAUUGAGAACAUCAUACGAGGAUCGAAGAUACAUCAAAAGUGUGCUCCGAUCGAAAAAUCGAUCAUAUCGAACAUUUCGAUUAAUUUCAAUAUCUAUCCUGAUAUAUUUUAUCGGAAUUGGUAUUCGAUAAUCGAUCUUAUGAUCAUGAUCAUCCGAGAGUCUCCUUCGAAUUGUUAUGUAAAGGAACAAAAAAAAAAACUAGCACAAUGACGCACGUAGGUAAAGUAAGCGAUGCCUCGCUGCCAGCUAAAUAAUAAUAUAGAAAGAUUUUAGGUAAGAAUAAUAAACCAAAAUUUGGACUGAAACGAACGGAACAGAACGCUCUCGUUGUAAAAGAUCGAAGGGAUAUUGUUAUCGAUUUUCGGAUCUCUCUCUUUCUCUCUCUUUUUCUCUUUCUUUCUAUUUCAUAAUCUAAACUUUCGUCUCAUGCAUUUGCAUUUGCCGCGAUUAAAUUUCUUUAUAUUUGUACGUGUUUUUCGAAGGUCGAAGAGUUCGUUUGCAAGAUUUAUUAGCGAUUAUUGAUCAUCGUGUUUGUUCCGACGUUUACAAGUAUAAAUACGUACAACGUAUAUAUACCUUCGUUUCUGCGUUUUGUAACGUUCGUAAGUCCGCAAUCGUGCUUUGAAAGAAACUUGAAGAUGUUUAAAGAAAAAAGAAAAAAACAGAAAAAUGAGAAAAGGUCAAAAAAAUUCAAAAUAAUAGGAUCUCUCUCUCUCUCUCUUUCACUUUCUCUCACUCUAUCUCUCACUCUCUCUCUCACUCUAUCUCUCUCUUUCUUUCUCUCUCGGAUUUUGAUCUCUUUAUCAUUUACAAGCGGUCAUUAGCCGGUAUGCAGACGUCGAGCAAUGAUUUGUCCUUAUCGAAAUAAAUCGACCAACAAAAGUAUAAACAAAAUUUGCGCUCCGAUGGACGUCGCUUUUCAUUUAAAAUCUCACUAUCUCCAUCUUAUCGUCGAAAUUCUUAUCGGUGCUCGGGGAGUUGAUCGUUGGCAAUAUGCGAGAGCCUCGACGUCACGAAUCCUUCCAUCUUUCGAAGAAAUUAUUUUAUCGACUGUUGUAUACACUGAUCGCGAAGAGGGGAGGUUUCGUUACGGUCGUUGAAAAAUUAGGCACUCGAAAUAUGAACGAAUAUGAUCGCGUAGCUAGCAUUCUCCUCAUCAUUUGUUUACUCAUUUAAUCGAAGAAAGUGGCGUCUUGAAUGUAACUUCAUUUCCUCCCGUAUCUUUGAUGCUUGUGCAUUUAACGAGCAAAUGCAGAAAUAUUUGGUGAGUAAACCGACUUACAUAAAAUGUUGAAUUAUUUAAUACAUGGGUAACUUUGAGUUCUCCAAUUUCUUCGGCUUUUACAACAGUGAGAAGCAAGUAUUUACUUAUGUUUGCGAUUAUUUUUAUUUUCCGUUGUAAAUAGAUACAUAUGUACUAAUUUGUUAGCGAAUAUCAUGCUAAUGCUUGACUCUUUGCAAAAUGGAGAGUUUCGUUAUUAGAAUGAGGAUUAGGGAAAAAAAUAGAGAAAGGCGAAGCAUAUCGCAAUGGCAAAUGGAAUUACGUAUUCAUCUACCUCUUAAGAAUCGUAUCAAAUGGCGUACGAAGAAGGGACGGCGAGACUCUCGACUUCGACGUCCACGAUGCUGCCUGCAGAAAUACAAAAAAAAUAAAAAAAAAAUAUAUAUGUAUAAAAAAAUAAAAAACGAGACAAUUUAGACGCACGAGGAUUAGCGAAAAAAAUGUAAACAAGUUGCGUUAACGAUCGUAUUGUCUGACUUGAUUUCUUUCAAUAAAAAAGAAAAUUUAUAUUCGGAUUAAUUCUAAUUUAAAAAUGAUUUUUUCAAAAAUUACUUUGUCAUUUGAUUUCUUUUGAUAUAGCACUUUGAAUAGGUUUGAUUUUUUUAUCGAAUGAAACCAAGUCAGAAAGAUUUCGAGAUUAGAGCUUCUUUUGUUGCAUGCACGGAGAACAUAGUUUCUCGAGAAUGAUUCGAAGCGAGUCUUACGUUCUUAACGAAAAUAGAUGACGUAAUCAUAAACGAUCAUCAUCGUUUUCGCUGAGAAUCUUACAUUUCUAAUGUUUACGUCAUUUGAAGUAUCGAGCAUGUGUCAUAUUGCUCGUAACUCUUAUUGUGUUCAAAGUGGAAUACUGACUCGCUGACUUUUACGACGUACAACAGCAGCAAAGAGAAAUAAACAUAAACGCAAGCAGCAAAAACUAUUUCCUUUCGUGAUGUACCGAACGAGUAAUUGUUGAAAAAAAAAAAGAAAAAAAAAAGGAAAAGAAAAAGAUGCAUACUUAUUUAUCGUACUAUAUAUAUUUCUUUUUUUCUUUUAUAUUCAAAUUUACGAUGUUUUUCAUACUUUUUCAUUAGAUUGAGUAAGAUGCUAUUAAAAAUUUAAAUGAAGUAGAAUUAACGUAACAAGUAUAAUAGCAUUUUACCCAAUUCGAAAUGACAUGCAGAAAAAGAAAAAGAAAAGAAAAACAGAAUAGAAAAUUUUCCAUCGUUUUCAAACUUUUAUUCGUUUUAUUCUUAGAGUAUCACUUAAUAGAUACUGAUCUUUACGCUGGAGAAAAAACUGGUGUGAUAAUUACUCGCUCUGCGUACAAGGGAAGAUUCUCUUCGAAUUGCCGUAACUGCGUACCGGAAUUGAAACGAGUUCUUGCAGAGUCGUUAUUUCUACUUAUGCUUCUCUUCCUCUUCCCGUCUCCACGGAUGUAAUGAUCAUGGCGACGAGGAAGCGAUUCAUAAAACUAAAUCGUACAUUUUCGAACGUAUAUGCAUACGUAAAUAAUAUAAAUACAUACAUACAUACAUACAUACAUACAUACAUAUUAAGCGAUCGUUGUAAAUGUUCUUUUCUCCUUUCAAAUCUGUACAUUGCAAAAAGACCAAAAAAAAAAAAAAUAAGAAGAAGAAAGAGAAUAGUAAAAACUAGGAAGAUAUUCGCAAUCGUUCACAACCGGUCAUUUAUGGAAAUGAAAGCAUCAUCGAAGGGCGACGCCAUCGAUUCUUUACGACAGUAAUUUAGUGUAUCAUACAAUAUAUAUAUAUAUAUAUAUAUAUACAUAUAUAUAUACACAUACAUAUAUACAUAUAUAUACAUAUAUAUACAUAUAUAUAUAUGUAAAUGUGUAUAUAUGUAUGUAUAUAUACACAUAUACGUAUAUAUAGCUAUUUUUCUCUUGGUUACUAACGUUCGUUUUAUAACGAAGACGAUUUUCAGAGUAUCUAUAUUAAAAAAAAUACUUGUAAGAAAGCUGAGGUGACCUUGAGCUCUUCGAGUCUACCCGCGCGUGUGUUCAAAAUUUUUCUCUUCUAUCUCCAUUUUUCUUUCACUCUCCUCUUCCUUCAAUUUAACUUCGGAGAAACUAAACGAUCACAAUAUUCUCCUGAAGAUUAAUCUCGCAAACAUGAUAUAGUUAUUUUGAAAGUAUUCGGACGAUCUCGACGUUUAUUCUUUUUUUUUUUGUAAUGUGAAUUUCGAACGUCGAGUGAACUUAAAAAUAAUGCUUCGAAUCGACUCUUGUAUACAAGA